AUGUUUUACAUGAAUUGCGUAUGUGUCCUGAAAGCUUGCUUUAGUAAAGUCAACGAAGGCCUUGGACAGUUAAACAGACCUACAACGAACGGUAACACUUUCGCGGAAACGCCAUCGUUAGAGAAGACUUUCCAAGAAAAACAAAGGUGCGCCCUGUUGAUCGUGAAAUUGAAAAAUUUGGAAGAGAAACAUCUAAGGAUCAGCGAUGUUGUCCAAGUGUUGAACGAAACGUUUUUCCUUCAUACUACAGGCUUGAUAGUUCUAACGUUCCUCGUCAUCACCUUUAAUUCGUACUUCUUCAUUCUUUGGUUGAAUGGAGGGUACAUACUGGAUAUGUCUACACAAUUUUGGUACAUACAGUUCCUCCCAAGCGUGCUUCAUUACACGGCAAAAUUUAUUAUGAUAAUUUGGACUUGCGAGACUGCGAAAAAUCGAGCCCUGGAAAUUGGGACAACCAUACACGACGUCCUCGGCGAUACUACUGACACGUUCGCACAGAACGAGUUGGAGCUGUUUGCUCUACAAGUUCUGCAUCGAGACAACACGCUCUCUGCAAAAGUAGUCACAAUGGACGCUGGCCUUCUCACACAGAUGGCAGGAGGCGUCGUGAUGUACCUCUUGAUAUUAUUCCAGUUCUUACAGAACUCCAUAGCCUGCAAUCAUCAAGAUUAA